AUUAUUGGGAUAGGAAUCCUGAUUUAUGGGGCAAUGUGCAAAGUUGGAAUGUAUUUUAUAUAAACAAAGUUCCUGACAAUACACCACAAGGUUCUCAUUCUGCACUUUCAAGUGAGCUUGACAUACUUUUAAAAAGGCUCCCAAAUAAGAGUAAAAAAUAUGUGAAUGCGAAUUCUAUUCGUAAAAGUCUUAAG